UUGAUUUUACAUCUUUCUUCUUCACUUCUCUGAACACUUGUCAGCAAAAUUCUUCAGAUCAAUAAAUAAGAACAAAAAAUGGUACAUUCAAAGAAGUUCAGAGGUGUCAGGCAACGCCAUUGGGGUUCUUGGGUUUCUGAAAUUCGUCACCCCUUGUUGAAAAGAAGGGUAUGGCUUGGCACAUAUGAUACAGCAGAAGAAGCAGCAAGAGCAUAUGAUCAAGCAGCAAUAUUAAUGAGUGGCCGCAAUGCAAAAACCAACUUUCCAAUCACUCAAGAUUCAGAUAAUAAAGAAUUAAAGGCUAAAGAUCAAGAAUUUUCAUCAAUUCCCUCUCCAAAAGCCUUAUCUGAAAUACUCCAUGCCAAGCUUCGCAAAUGUAGCAAGGCACCAUCACCAUCUCUCACUUGUUUGAGGUUGGAUAUUGAGAGUUCACACAUAGGAGUGUGGCAAAAACGUGCUGGUCCUUCAUCUGAUGCAAAAUGGGUGAUGACAGUUGAACUUCAGGAAAAGAAUAAUGCCAAUGCUGCUAUUGAAGGACAAUUAAAUUCUUCCUCUUCUUCUAGUUCCAAGAAUUGUGGAGCAAUAGCUGAAGGUAUAAGUAUUAGAAGUGAAAUGGAUGAAGAAGAAAGAGUUGCAUUGCAAAUGAUAGAAGAAUUGCUUCACAUAAAUACUCCUUGCCCUACAUUUGGUAUUUAAUAAGGGGAGAAUUUGAUCAUUUUACAUUAUCUAAGGUUUAUUUAUCAUGCAUGUACUAUGUGAAGGUGAGCCACGGAGAGCAACAGUGAAGGUAUAUUCGUCUGACCCAUAGAUCACGAAUUCGAACCGUAAAACUAGUCGUGAACGCGAGAUGCUUCAUGUAUCGGACUACCUUUUAUGUGAUGUUAUAUAUAUAUAUUAAUUAUUAGUUUCUAAGGGUUUGGGCAAGAAGUGCCCAUGUAAGCAGCAGUAGUAGUAGUAAUAAUAAACGAACAAGAAACAAGUCAAGAAAGUUGUAUGUCCUUGUGUAGACUAAUUAAAUCAACAUUGUCAUUUUCUGAAUGAAGAAGUUGAUAAAUAAAAUUUACUGAA